AUGAAGCCCAUCACAUCCUACAAGAGGGAGGCAGAGGCCAAGUUUAAGCAGAUUUCGGCCUACGACGUGCUCAGCAACCCUCAGAAGCGUCAGAUCUACGACGUCUACGGCGAGGAGGGGUUUCUAGCAGCGGAGGCUAAGUUUAAGCAGAUCUCGGCCUACGACGUGCUCAGCGACUCUCAGAAGCGUCAGAUCUACGAAGUCUACGGCGAGGAGGGGCUUUUGGCGGCGAAGUUCACGAGCCCUAACUCCGCCGGGGGACCCUCGAGGUUCAUGCUAGGCGUUCAGCAGCUCUGCACAAGGCACACCGUUGCCAGCCAACAACUCUGCUCUACAAAGUUCUCAACAGAACCAGGAAAGUCUUCCUCAGCUGCAGAUCAGCAAAGGAACAUAAGCCAAACCAGAAAGACACCAAAACUACCAGGAAUUGUGCAGAGCUCAACAUCUCUGCUGCAGAUCAGCAGUGCAUCGCAACCAGUAGUCUAA